UGCUUUUUAUUUCCUUGAAAUUCGUUAAAAGUGCUAUUAUCCAUUGGUGGAAUGAUCCAGUGAUGCUUGGUUUACUUUCAAGCUCUCCUUUUGUUCACGUUAUGUUGAAUUAUUUCAUUCUUCGGUCUUCCAUUUCUUGUGCAGAAGGCUGCCAAAUUGCUCUGCCAUCACGAUUUUCCUGCUAGUGGACAAUAUAAAUGGAGAAAAUGGCACAAUUGAUCCACCUCCCAUGAAGAUAUCAGCCCCUUGUCGAAGCAUCAGGUCGCGGCUUACAUUUCUCAGUUAGGUUCAACGAAACUGAAUUUCUCCUCAUGAAAUUUUCUAGGGCCAAAUCUCAGCUCAACUUGCGCGUCUGUUUCAACGUGAAACGGAUUACGAACUUGCAGCGGAAACCAUUUUCCAAGACGCGUGCUUCGGGUUUUUCUGGAGCUAAUAUCGGUUUCUGUGGAGCCAUCUCAUUCCUGGAAUAUGGGCAGCAUUGAUGGUAAUUCCGUUUCUUCCAAUUCGCAUGAAACCCUAGCCGGAGAAUAUUAGGGUUUCUUGGGUAUAAUAUACUUGGCCUGAAGCAUUCUUUACCUGAACAUCUCUGCGUUCGCAGUUCGCUCUCGUUCGCAUUGCGUUGAAUUUUUACUCCUGAGAAGUAGCAUUUACCAGCAAUGAAAUCUAUAUCUUGUGAGGAAAAGGCACAAGAUAAAGUUCACCGUGUAAGGAUUACCCUUUCUUCGAAGAAUGUAAAGAAUCUUGAGAAAGCAGUUUGUUCUGAGCUGGUCAAUGGAGGAAUGAAUAAAAGACUGAGAAUUGAUGGAGAUGAAGGAGCGCCUCAAAGAGUUUCUCCCAUCAGCUGUAGAGGUCCUUAUGAAGACACAGGGACCUAUUCUCCACAACUGUAUCAACGCCAAAAUAAGAAAGGUUGCACCAACUUUCGGUGGAGCCCAUCAAUGAGUCGUUUCCUUCUCUCAUGUCUCAUAGAACAGGCUAAGCUUGGAUUGAAAGUCAAUAAAACCUUUAAAAGGCAAGCAUUCAUUGCUGCUGCUGAGGCUGUGACAGAAAGGUUCAAGCUUCUUUGUAGUGACUCAAAUGUUGAAAAUCACCUGAGAACAAUCAAGACUCGCUUCUUGCAGAUAAAGAGACUUCAGAGUUUGAGCAACACAAAAUUUGAUGAAAAGGAAAAGAAAAUCAUCAUGGAUGAUGUCGGAUAUGGUGCACAUAUUGCGGCGAAUCCUAAAGAUGAGCCAUUUUUGAACAAACCUAUUGAAAUGUACGAUGAGAUGGCUAUCAUUUGCAGUGAAGACAAUCUUACUGAGAAUUUUACUAACUACCUAAAGGAGGAUCCUGAUGGGAUCGCUAUCGUAGCUCCUGACGAUGUAAACGUCGUCGUGGAUGAAGACUUCGAGAUUGAAGAGGAUGUGGACGAAACGCCUACCAGGUCCCAACAGGUCCCUUCAUCUUCUGCUUCAACGGAAAGAACUGGGCAGAGUAGUAGGAGAAAGCAUAAUCUUGCUGAAAAGAUUGAUCACCUUGCUUCCCAGAUUGGUAAAUUGGCUGAGGCUAUCAGAAUCAGUCGAAGGGGCAUCUCAUCUGAACUUUUUGCAGAGGUAAUGAAGGUUGAUGGCUAUGAUGAGAGGUCUCUUGGGAAAGCCUUUGAUUAUCUGCACGAGAAUGAAAAACUUGGAAUGGCGUUUCUUGCAAAGAAUGGUAAUCUAAGGCAAGCUUGGUUGGCUGAGUUCUUUUCGAGAAGCGGGCUGAUGAACUAGGUACCUUUUUAUGUUUUAUGCAUGCCAAUACAUCUGAUUUAGGCUUAAUUUGGCAUGAAUUUUUUGUUAUUUUAUGAAGUAAUUUUUUAGCAUAAAAAUUUUUUGCUUAAGAAAUUUUUGUAUUAAAAAGUUGGUUUUGAAAUCAUUAAGAAAACUGUCCCAAACCAAGCUUAGAAUUAGUUCUGUGGUGGUUUUAAUUGUAUAUAGUGAUAAUUGAUUGGUUCUCGCCAAUAAAUUUCAUUGUUGAUAGAACAUGAGUCAACUUUUGGACUCGCAAUUUAUACUAUCUCGAUGAUAAUCAAAUGAUGUAUUUGCAUUUUUGCAUGAAA